AUGAUAACUUAGUUACCAAAAAGACCUAACAAAUCCUCUUCUUCUACAAUUGCUAAAAUUAGUAAUAAUAUCAGACUACUUACUAAUAUGUUUAGCAUGUCAAUCCAUGAUCCUGAAAAUUCAGACUCAGAAGACAAUUAAGUUAAUGAUAGAAACCUUAUGUGCUAUUAAUAUGAUGUUAAAUUUGAUCCUAGCAUCGCAGAAGAUAACAGCAAUCUAAGAUAAAAAAUUUUUAAAUAAGCUCGUCUAAGCAUAUAAAAGAUCAUAGGCAGGUUUAGCUUUUCUGGAAAAUCUUUAUACUCUUUGAAGCGUCUUGAUUAAAAUGCCUUAGAUUCAGUUAGUUUAGAAUCAGUAAGGGUCGAUGAUUAAACUUAUUCACUUUCACUAACAUUUACAAAACUCUUUGAAGUAAAUGAAGAAUCUGCAUAAAACAAGGAUAAGACUACUCCAAAUUAUAAGAAGGGUAAUAAAGUAACUUAAGUAUUAAACGUUAUCCUAAAAAAUAUCAUAGACUAAGAAGGAUUCAAAUAAAUAGGAAGGAACUCUUAAUUCUUUGACUUAUAAUCUAGAGCAGAUGUGGUCAUCAAAAAUUAAAAUAAUACCUCAACCCUUGAAGUAUAUAAAGGUAUCACUUUCAAGGUAAGUCCUACUUAAUAAGGUUUAUAUCUCAAUAGUGAUUAUCUUUGUAGAAUUUUAAGAAAAGAAACAGCCCAAUAAUACUUAACUGCAAGACAUGAUAUAGAAGGAUAGUCAGUACUUACUAAAUAUAAUAAUUAUCGGACAUAUAUAAUUGACAGGGUAGAUUAUAGUAAGAAUCCUAGAUCAACUUUCUUGUAUAGAAAAACAAACUUAUAAAUUAGUUACGCAGAGUACUACUUUCAAAACUAUCAAAUUGAAAUUAGAGAUAUGUAACAACCAUUACUUGUAAGUAAAAUAAAGUACAGGGAAGCUGACACAAAUAUUCUAAAAAUUUAGGAGAUAUUUUUGAUACCUGAAUUAUGCUAUAUGACAGGACUCACUGAUGAACAAAGAAAAAAUAAAAAUGCUAUGAAGGAAAUAGCUACUCAUACUAAGCUUACUCCUGAAUAAAAAUACUCAAAAAGCGUCUAAUAUUGCUAAUUGUUUGGUCGCAAAACAAUUAAAAGUGGAAUCAGAAUUAGUCACACUGAUAAUAAAAUUGAUGCUAUUUAACUUAAAGCACCUAAAAUAACUUUUGGUGGAAAGUCUUUCAUUCCUGAGCAUGGAGGAAACUUCGAAACAAGAGCACCUACUUAAGAUUAAGUUUAAUUUAAAGAUUGGGCUAUUAUCCAUCAUAAAAAUGAUGAAAAAGAAGUUUAUAAGUUUAUAGACCUUCUUAAGAAUGCGUCACAAGCAUAUCAAAUUAAUGUCAAUGAUAAACCGCAAUUUUUCGCACCAGAGGAUUUUAAUCCUAAAAACUGGAUUAGGUUGUUAGACAAAGAUUUUAGAAAGAAUGGAGUUCCUUAAUUCAUUGUGACUUUCAGCAACGCUGAAAAAAAUCCCUCCCUUUACCGCGAAAUGAAGAAAUUCUUUUCUUCUGAAGGUGGUGUAGGAAUAGAAUCACAGCAUGUAACACCGAGAGCCUUGCAAAAAAAUGGUAAAAGUGUAGCCUCUAAAAUUGCUUUGCAAAUUGCAUCCAAACUCGGAAAGCGCAUUUGGUCAGUAGAAACUCCAGUUGGAAUUAAUCAGAAUACUAUGAUUGUUGGCAUUGAAACUAGUAUGAAAAAAAUCAGGAAUUAAUAAGUCAUUGGAGUGGUAGCUUCUAUUAAUAAAGACUUCAAUAAAUUCUACUCUCAAGUUGAUUUUAGGAAUGGCAAUGAUAUCAAACUACCAACCCUCUCUAAAAUUAUAUCAAGUGCUAUAGAAGCUUAUAGCAAGAAUACAAAAACUGUUCCUGAAGAAAUUAUAAUUUACAGAUAAGGUUUAGGCGAAGGCUAAAUUUAGUAUAGUCACUAACUAGAAAUUUAAGCAAUUCAAAAUGGAUUCAUCAACUUUAAACAAGGUUACAGUCCCCGCUUUGCAUUUUUCUAAGUUAAUAGGAAAAUAAGUGAGAAAUUCUAUCAACAGUUAUAUAAUGAAAGAGUACAAAUUUCAAAUCCACCCUCAGGUACUAUUGUAGCUUCUGAAUUAACUCAGAAUAAUUUUGAAUUUUUCAUGGCUGCUUAAAAUUGUAACUCAGGAGUCUGUACACCAACUAAAUAUACAUGCCUAUUUAACAAUACUAACUUGAAAGAAGAUUAAUUUUGGUAAUUAACUUAUUUCCAAACUUUUAAUUACUAUAAUUGGUAAGGACCUAUUAGGGUACCUGCUGUCAUGAAGUAUGCAGAAAAAUUAGCUAAAUUUACUAGUGAAACUCUUGAAGGCGUUGCAAAUAACGAGUUAAUAAAUAGCCUAUAUUAUAUUUGA